UGUCGUAAACCCCGCCCCUUGGACACGCUGAGCCACCACUUCCGCCCUCGCCUUCGACUGAGCAAGAUGGCUGAGGAGUCAGAGUCGGCGCUGCAGCUUCCUCCCUCAACCGCUGCUGAAGGCGAAGGACCUACGGAGGUCUCCCCAGAGACAGGCACUCCGGAGCCCCCUUCUUCCGCUGCGGUCUCCCCGGGGACAGAGGAACCUGCCGGCGACACCAAGAAAAAAAUUGACGUCCUGUUGAAAGCUGUGGGAGACACCCCUAUAAUGAAAACAAAGAAGUGGGCUGUAGAGCGAACCCGAACCAUUCAAGGACUCAUUGACUUCAUCAAAAAGUUCCUUAAGCUUGUGGCUUCUGAACAGUUGUUUAUUUAUGUGAAUCAGUCCUUUGCCCCCUCCCCAGACCAGGAAGUUGGAACCCUCUAUGAGUGUUUUGGCAGUGAUGGUAAACUGGUCCUGCAUUACUGCAAAUCUCAGGCCUGGGGAUGAAGUACAGAGAAAAAGCUCUUCCUACCCAAAUGAAUCUUUGCAAAGCAAACAGCUCUGGAAAAAGUUGAUACUUGUGACAAGAGACUUGUGUAGGUGCUUUACACAGCAUGUAUCUACUAUGAAUCGUGUUUAUGCAUAAAGAAAUCCAUAGAGUAGAUGGACUCACAAAAAUAUGAUUUGUAUUAAUACACAAAUCAUAAAAGUUUGGCUUUACAAUAUACCCAUGAACUACAACUGUUCCAGGUUGGCCACCAAGGAGUUGAAAAAGGAGACUAAGACUGUAGAAAGCUUCUUUUCUACCAAUUCUCAGUGACUGAAAUCGUUUACUUGUAGAAAGAACACUCUGCUGCUUUUUUCCCCCACUGUGAAAGUCAGUUUUCUGAAGGAUUCUUUCUGUGCGUAUUCAGGGAAGUUCAAUUUGAGGUAUGGGUAUGCCUUUCCUCAUGUACAGUUAAGAAAUAGUCCCAUCGUCCUGCUGGGUUUAUGUCUUACACAGUCCAGUAGGGGGCAGCCUAGCUGGCAGAAGGAGUUAAGGAGUUUGGUUUUAUACCUUUGCUGGAUGAUAGUGGAGGAAAAAAGCGAUUCCUGCUAAUUUCUAGCAAACAACUAGCCAAGAGAGCAUGCGUGUUGAUACACUGGAAAGCUGCUUUAGAGAAUAUGCGUGGUUUAGAAAUAUUUUAUUGGGAAACAAGGAAUUUUACAAAUUCUGGACAAUUAAGUCAUACAACUCUUCAGUCCUUUCGUUUAAAUGAUUGUGAGUCCUAAUGGUUGUAACUGGUGUUAUUUCAUGUCUUAUUUUUACACUGUCAGAAGCACUCAGUAAACCUAGCAACAUCUUUUGAGUUUUUUACAAUGUUUUUUAAGUUGAAAACACUCGAAUAAUUGGAUAGCCUUAGAUUCUAUGUAUAUUUCAUGCUAUGACUAAAAGUCCCAUUUUCCCUGAUGCUGUUAGACUGGUAAUUGAAGUGCGAGUCUGUAUUAUAUCAUUCUGUAUUGUAAUGGUAAUGCGGUAUUUCAAAAAGCAUUCCAAUAAAUUGAAUGAAAUGUCCAAGCAGGA